UCUCUCUUUUAUCUUGUAUGUAACUCAUCUGCAUCACAUUUUGAACUUUAGAAACAGUGGUGUUUAGGAGUGUCAGUGGGCUGGUCCAAUCUUAGACUUGAUCAAUGACUUAAACCACAUCUGCCGGGCUUUUUACAGUUUCAACCAAGGAACACUACAACCGUGUAGAACAACUUCUCUGUCUUCACAUGGAUAGAGAAGUGUAGAACAUUGAAUUCGAUGCCAUUUGAAUUACUCAAGAGAAUCUAUUCUCUCUGCACAAGGAGCUGGCAACAGGCUUUUCUUCCUUUCAGCUUAAAAGGCUCAUGGAUCAAAGUCUCUCAUAGCCACAUCCUGCAAUUGUCUCUUGCAACGUGGGUGGACAGAGGAGAGGGCAGCAGCGUUUGAUUCAACCUCAGCUGCAGUGGAGCAGAGAGCACGGAGCGUCUGGUUGUCUAAUCAGCGGAGGGCGACUGAAGCCAUCGCCAGUGGACCAUGUGUGCUGCCGCUCUGGAGGAGUACUGCGGCUCAGUCUUUUGGAAUGCUUCAUAUCUACAAAGAGAGGCCCCAGACCUCCCAAUAUGUGUGGAGCAAACAGUCCUGGUGUGGAUCCCCUUGGGGUUCCUGUGGAUUUGUGCCCCCUGGCAGCUAGGCUCUCUCUGCAGAAGAACACAAGUCAACACAAAACACCUGUCCAAGCUCUACAUCUGCAAACAGCUUGUGGUGUGUCUGCUGUUCCUGACGGCCAUUGCGGCCUUGGCGCUCACGUUAGGAGAAGAUUUUGGUCCAAACAGCUCAACGGAGAAAAAUGCAGUUGUAUAUUAUACAAACCCCGUCCUCUUUGCAGUCACAUGGAUCCUCGUACUGCUGUGUCAGGAAGGACUGAGGCGGCGGGAAGGAGCAGUGGACUCCGCCACCCUUUUCCUCUUCUGGCUCCUGCUUGUUUUAUGUGACAUUUUUCCUUUCCAGACCCUUCUACGAGAGGCGCUCAGAGUGGGAAAAGUUAGUGAUGUCCCUCGUUUCAGCCUUUUCUACAUUUCCACUGGGCUGGAGGUGAUUGCGCUUAUUCUUUCUGCUUUUGCUGACAUCCCUCCAGAGGCUCGGGAAUCUGUAAAAAAGAAUCCAGAAGCAGGUGCAGCCUUCUUGAACAGAAUCACUUUUAACUGGAUCCACAGCAUGGUUGUGAAAGGCUACAAACAGCCCCUAGUGCAGGAGGACAUGUGGGAGCUGAACCAGGAGGAGAGCACCUCUCACAUUAGCCAGCGUUUCCAGUAUCACAUGCAGAAUGAGCUGGGUGCAGCUCAAGUCCGGUUCCAAAAACAGACUAAGAAGAAACCAGUUCAUCGCGGAGGUGAGGCCUCUCAAAGUGGUCUCACUAGUGGUCUGGGGAAAGGUGUGAGUCAGGAUGCAUUGAUGAUGGAGGAUAAGGGAAAAGCAGAAAAGAAGAAAAAGAAGGAUAAAAAGAAAAAAGAAGAAGAAGAAGAAAACUAUCCAAAUUCAUGGCUGGUUACAACCAUUUAUAAGACUUUCAAACGGGUUCUUAUUGAAUCUGCCUUCUUCAAACUUCUACAGGACCUGCUGGCUUUUGUCAGUCCUCAACUCCUUAAACUGAUGAUCUCCUUUACUCAGGAUAAAUCCAGAUAUACCUGGGAAGGGUAUUUGUAUGCGGUGCUGCUGCUGGCCGUAGCCAUUCUGCAGUCUCUGUUCCUGCAGCAGUACUUCCAACGCUGCUUUGUGCUGGGGAUGAAGGUCCGCACUGCUAUUAUGGCUGCUGUGUACAGAAAGGCACUGGUGGUGUCUAAUGAUACUCGUAAAGAAUCAACAGUUGGAGAAACGGUGAACCUCAUGUCGGCAGAUGCCCAGCGCUUCAACGACGUCAUCAACUUCAUCCACCUGCUGUGGUCCUGCCCGCUGCAAAUCAUCAUAUCCAUUGUUUUCCUGUGGAUGGAGCUGGGACCUUCCGUGCUGGCGGGACUGCUAGUGAUGGUGCUCAUGGUGCCAAUCAAUGGACUGCUAGCCAACAGGGCCAGGAAACUCCAGAUAUCAAACAUGAAGUUCAAGGACAAGAGGCUGAAAAUCAUGAAUGAAAUGCUCAACGGGAUUAAGAUUUUGAAGCUGUUUGCAUGGGAGCCAUCCUUCAAGACACAGGUGGAAGACAUUAGAGAGCAAGAACUGACGGUCAUGAAGAAGUUUGCCUACUUGACAUCCAUCUCGACCUUCAUCUUCAGCUGUGCCCCUGCUGUGGUUUCUCUAGCCACGUUUGCAGUGUUUGUAAGCGUGAGCUCCGACAACAUAUUAACUGCUGAAAAAGCUUUUACUUCGAUCUCUCUCUUCAACAUCCUCCGAUUCCCCCUGGCCAUGCUCCCCAUGCUCAUCGCUGCCAUUGUGCAGACAGCAGUGUCUAAAAAGAGGCUGGAGAAGUUCCUGGGAGGGCAGGAUCUUGACGGUGACAUUGUACGGCACGACCCCAGUUUCAACUCUGCUGUGACAGUAUCUGAUGGUUCCUUUGCUUGGGAAAAAGACGCGGACCCUCUGCUGAAAGAUGUGUCUCUGGACAUCAAACCUGGUCGACUGGUGGCCAUAGUGGGAGCUGUUGGCUCAGGGAAGUCCUCUCUCAUGUCUGCCCUCCUGGGAGAGAUGCACAGCACCAAAGGCUUCGUUAAUAUUAGGGGAUCUCUAGCAUUUGUGCCACAGCAAGCCUGGAUUCAAAAUGCUACAUUGAGGGAUAACAUCUUGUUCGGCUCCCCCCAUGAAGAGAAGAGGUUUAAGGAGGUCAUACAGGCCUGUGCCCUUGGCCCAGAUUUGAAGCUGCUGGCUGCCGGAGACCUUACUGAAAUUGGAGAAAAGGGUAUCAACCUGUCAGGGGGUCAGAAGCAACGUGUGAGCUUGGCCAGAGCAGCUUACAGUCAGGCUGAUGUUUAUCUGUUAGACGACCCGUUGUCUGCUGUGGACUCUCAUGUCGGAAAGCAUCUCUUUGAUAAAGUCAUCGGACCAAAUGGAAUACUAAAGAACAAGACUCGUAUUCUGGUGACUCAUGGAGUAAGCUUCCUGCCUUACGUAGAUGAAGUAGUGGUCCUGGUGGAUGGAAAGGUUUCUGAGGUUGGAUCUUACAAGAGCCUUCGUGCCAGUAAAGGAGCUUUUUCUGAGUUUCUGGACACGUAUGCCAAAGAGCAAAGAAACCGAACCAAAUCUGAGACAGAUGAUAGCCAGGAUACUGAAGACUUGGAGCUCACCCCUGACGGAGAGGACACCCAGCCAGACUCUUUCCUAGAAGACAGUGUUUCUUUUACACUUAAGAGAGAGAACAGCAUCCGUCGCAGUCAGCGCAGCAGUUUCAGAGUAAGAAAAAACAGCAAUUUAAAAAAAAAUGAAGAUGUUGCUGAAACAAAGACAGGCCAAAGGUUGAUAGAGAAGGAAGCUAUGGAAACAGGACAGGUGAAGUUCUCGGUGUAUCUCCAGUACCUGCGAGCCUUGGGCUGGGGAUAUUCUUUCUGGAUCUUCCUGGUCUACUUCAUCCAGAACAUUGCUUUCAUUGGUCAGAACCUGUGGCUGAGUGACUGGACCGGGGAUGGAGAGGAGUACGCCAAUCAAACAUAUCCUGCCUCGAAGAGGGACACCAGGGUCGGGGUGUUUGGAGUUCUAGGAGUGGCUCAGGGCAUCUUUGUCUUCCUCGGCACACUGAUACUAGCCAAUGCUUCAGUUUCUGCAUCACGUAUUCUGCAUUCACGGCUGCUUAACAACAUACUGCGAGUGCCAAUGCUUUUUUUUGACACGACACCAAGUGGAAGAGUGGUCAACCGUUUUGCAAAGGACAUUUUCACGAUAGAUGAAGCCAUUCCUCAGUCGUUUCGCUCCUGGCUGCUGUGUCUCCUGGGUGUCCUGGGAACUCUGUUUGUCAUCUGUCUGGCCACUCCCUUCUUCACCAUCAUCAUCAUUCCUCUGGCUGUGAUCUACUUCUUUGUACAGCGCUUCUAUGUGGCCACUUCACGACAGCUACGUCGCCUGGACUCGGUGUCUCGCUCUCCAAUAUAUUCUCACUUCGGAGAGACCGUCUCCGGUUUGUCAGUGAUAAGAGCCUACAAACACCAAGACAGAUUUCUCAAUCACAAUGAAAAAACUAUCGAUGAAAACCUCAAAAGUGUGUACCCAUGGAUUGUGUCAAACAGAUGGUUGGCCAUUCGUCUGGAGUUUCUUGGCAAUCUCGUGGUAUUUUUUUCGGCACUGUUUGCCGUUAUGUCCAGGGACUCUAUAGACAGCGGCCUGGUCGGCUUGUCUAUAUCAUACGCCCUUAAUGUAACCCAGACUCUCAACUGGCUUGUCAGGAUGAGCUCGGAGCUGGAGACCAAUAUUGUUGCCGUGGAGAGAGUCAGUGAAUAUACAGAACUCGAAAAUGAGGCAAAGUGGAUAACUAACUCUCGGCCUCCAGAGAAGUGGCCAGAGGCAGGAAGGCUACAGUUUAUAAACUACAAGGUCCGCUACAGGCCAGGACUGGACCUGGUGCUGCAAGGAAUCUCCUGUGAUAUUGCCAGCACUGAGAAGAUCGGUAUAGUGGGUCGCACUGGAGCCGGGAAAUCAAGCCUGACAAACUGCCUGUUUCGAAUUAUUGAGGCAGCUGAAGGACAGAUCCUCAUUGAUAAUGUAGAUAUCGCCACGAUAGGACUGCAUGACCUGAGAAACAGCCUCACAAUCAUCCCACAGGAUCCAGUUCUGUUCUCUGGGUCGCUGAGGAUGAACCUGGAUCCAUUCGACACAUUCAGCGACGAAGAUCUUUGGAGAGUAUUGGAGCUCUCCCAUCUGAAGGACUAUGUUACAGGACUUCAAGAAGGAUUAAUGCAUGAAGUUUCAGAGGGUGGAGAGAACCUGAGCGUUGGCCAGAGGCAGCUACUGUGUCUAGCGAGAGCACUACUGAGAAAGUCUCGCAUUUUAAUUCUGGACGAAGCCACGGCAGCUGUUGACCUAGAGACGGACGACUUGAUUCAGAACACUAUCCGCAAAGAGUUUUCUCACUGCACUGUCCUCACAAUCGCUCACCGCCUGCACAGCAUCAUGGACAGCUCCAGGGUGAUGGUGCUUGAUGCCGGCAAAAUUGUGGAAUUUGAUUCUCCGAGCAACCUACUUGAAAAACGGGGCCAUUUCUAUGCCAUGGCAAAGGAUGCUGGGAUAAGCCAAGAUGACGACUCGCGUCUCUAAUUUUGUAUUUUUACAUUUUUAUAAACAAUAAUUUAAUUCCUUAAAUCGCUUUUUGUUUCAUUCAAACAUGUAAAUAAAUAUAAUGUAUUGUGUUUAUAUGAAACGAUAUCAUUGAAAUUGUACUGUACGUGUAGAUUUUUUUUGAACGUGAACAAUAAAUAUUAUU